AUGCUGGAAUACACUGUUUUCAAAGGCUCUGAGAAUGGGGAGAUUGUGGAACGUCGUACUCAAUGUCUCGAGCCUACUGAGAAUGAGGUUCUCGUCAAAAUUACUCACUCUGGUCUUUGUGGGACCGACGAGCACUACAGGCAUGCUGAUAUUGUCCUCGGGCACGAAGGGGCUGGUCUUGUUGAAGCAAUCGGCACCAAAGUUGUCUCUAUCAAGAUAGGAGACCGUGUGGGCUGGGGAUAUGGACAUGGUAGUUGCCGUCAAUGCAAGUAUUGUCUGCGUGGAGAAGAACUAUACUGCGAUCAAAGAAAGAUCUAUGGCGAAUCCAGUACCGACCAAGGAUCCUUUGCUCGGGCGGCUAUCUGGCCGGAAGACUUUCUCUACAAAAUCCCGGACGAAAUAUCCAAUGCUGAUGCAGCUCCCUUGAUGUGUGCCGGAAGUGCAGUGUUUUCGCCACUGCAUAAAUUCCAAGUUGCACCGACCGAGCGUGUGGGUGUGAUUGGGGUAGGUGGAUUAGGACAUCUUGCCAUUCAAUUCGCUGCAAAGAUGGGCUGUCAAGUGGCGGUGUUGUCAGGAACACAGUCUAAACGAGAUGAAGCACUGGCUCUCGGGGCCAGCGAGUUCCAUGCUUUCACGGAUUCCCCUCCCCCGAUGGAACCUCUGGAUCACCUCCUUGUCACGUCAGCCAAGCAGCCAAAUUGGGAAUCUAUUUUCCAGAUCAUGGCUCCGGGAGGAACCAUCUAUGCUCUUACGGUAGAUAUGGAGGAGAUGAAGUUCCCCUAUCUGCCCCUAGUCAUGAAGGCUUUGCGGAUCCAAGGCAGUCUACCUGCAGCUCGAGGUAGCCAGCACGAGAUGUUACAAUUUGCUGCCCGUCACCGCAUCAGACCUAUUGUGAUGACAUUCCCAUUGAGUCAGGAUGGAAUCGAGAAGGCGAUGGAGACUCUUCGGGAGGGAAAAAUGAGAUACAGAGGGGUUUUGGUUCAUGAUACCUGA